AGACAAUUUAAAAAAAGGUGUCUUUUUCAAGAAGCACAGAUAAGAUACAGGUAAAAACUGACGCCAUUUCAGAACCUUUUUAGGUAGAUUUCCAAAUUCUCCUUCUAGCCUAGGCCUAUACGACGUAUUAUUCCACGAACGGAAUGAAUUCAUAUGUUGGUUAACAGAACAUUAUAUGUUCUUGUGCAAAAGCAUUAAUAUGAUUCAAAGAUAUUCCAAAAUGACAGACAUGAAAACAGAAUAGCUGAUCCUCCUGACUUUAGUAGUCAUAGUUUUAACUGUCAAAAGUUAUAUCCUACCUACAUCCUGGAUUUCAGCGGCUCCAGCCUUUGAGCUGUCGUUUAGUAAGCACAAAAUAUUGUAAACUAUUUCUGUAGAGGAUUACUAAAGACACCAACUAACUUAUUACUUACGACCUCUCUUCAGCCAGUCACGUUUUGACAUUUCAGAUUUCGAUACCACAGAUUCUCAAUAUCACAAAAUAGAAAAAAAAAAUACAAAUCAUUUAAAGUUAAGUUGUUUUAGUUAUCAUAACCAGGCUACAUCAUCUCACUGACUGACUUAGAUAAUCGAAUAAGACAUAACUUUCGUCUACAUUAUGCAGAUGUUUGUACACAGUUAAUACACGAACAAGAGUCAAGACAUGUACGAUAUAGUAACACUCAUUGGCUGCUGUGUUAAAAUUGAUGCCUUAUGUUUCUGCCGCAGAGAGACCAGAUUUACAUUGCCUGUGGUCAUGAGAGGGGUUUCUUUCGUUAGCAGAAGUUGAGGCUUUAUGUCCUCCUUACAUAGAGACCAGAAUUGCACUUUAACAUGAUGUAAAACGCCCAAUGGUCGUCGGUGGUCGAAUGACAAGUACAUUCCUGUGAGUGGUUCGAAAUAGAUAAAUUAGAUGUAUUAUUAUAAAAUAAUGAUCCUGUAUCCAUUUCUUAUUACUAGAGGCCCAUUACCAAAUAUCAUCACAUUUGCUUAAUUUUCCCCCCUUAUUUUUAAAUGUAGCUGAGCUUUUUUCAUUAAUACCUUUAAAAUACCUUAAUUUUGGUCAUAUUACCUCAAAAUUGCCUUAAAAAUUCGUGUACCAUAAAAAUUACUUGAAAAAGCAUCCAAUUACUGAUUUAAGGUAAUCAUAACAAUCCCUACUCUGAGUGAGUUCAUCUACACAGCCUUGCUGCCCCUCCUGUCCCAUGGUUCUCAUCCAUCCGACCAACCCACCUAAUUGGAAACUUCUACUGACCUCCCUAACCCCCAAAACCCUUCCUCAGUCUGAGUGUUUCCGUAGGGGGUUAGUGCCGUCAGUGCACCUCAUGCAAUGCACUGUAGGCAUUAAUUAAGGUUCUUUGCAGCGUGCCUUCGGCCCCUAACUGCAACCACAUGUUUAUGUAUAUGCAUUCAUAAAGAAACACAAAUCGGCCAUCUGCACGCUUGGAUCUCUGUAGGCCCAGCUCGGGUACUACAUAUCCGUCUGCAGCGGUCUGUCUACCUCACUCAUCUCUGCUAAAGCAUCAGUACCGAGAUAUCUGACUCUUUGUCCAGUCCUCCCAAUUGGUGACCUCCCGGAUUGGAGGGUGACUCAGUGGUUUUGGGUCCCGCCAUUAACGGACUCACCAUGGCUGCUUACCUUCAGAGACCUUUAACGGACCCACGCAGUGUACAGUCUAGGUCUCUGAAAGCUCUUCUCUGCGUUCAACACCAACGCCACUAACAGACUUACUACAGCACACCUGUCCCAGGUGUGUUCUGGCAUUGAUCGGAUGGUUUGGCCCAUCAUUUACGACACUUUUCGACCAUACUCGGAGUCAUAACGGACCUGCACGGCGAAUAGUCUUGAGUCUGACGAACCCCUACACCAUUAACGGACUAAUUACGGCGCUCUCAUGUUUUGGUGUAUGAGCCAAGGGCAAUGCAGGACUCCUUGGUUCACAGUUCCUUGGAGGAAACAAACUUCCUCCUGGCACCCGCUACAUCUCUGCAGGCAUUGGCCAUCCUGUCUGUCAUAUUACUGCUCUUCUCUCAGCAAAACAUGGCAUCAUUUCUUUUACGAGUGGCAGUUCUCUUCAGAAUGGCAGGCAUCAUGGAUGAGGGAGCCAAGGCCGAUGUCAUCAUUUCGAUACUACCAGAAGAAGUUUUCAACCCCAUCACCCCAUAGGUGGAAGUGCAGAACAGUAAAAUACUCUUUGGUGAGCUAAAGAAGAAGGUUGUUGGGACUUACUCCCUCUCCAUCCCUACGAGGGCCGCUCAUGUCCUCCACCUCAUCAACUAGCCACUGGGAGACACAGAGCCGAAGGAUGCCUGGGACGAGAUUAUGGGCCUCGUACUACUGCUGGAGUCCGGUGAGGACAGCCGUAGGAAGGAGAUCAGCCAGAUCUGGGAAAUCUUUCUCUGCCACCUGAUGCAGGAAGUACAGGCAAAGAUUCCAGAGGCAGACAAGGCCCAAAAACUGCAUGAAGUGCCAGGGCUGCGAAGCUCGCCCCACCUCCGACGACCAACAGCCUGGUGACGGAGGAUCCCAAUGAACCAGAUGUCAACGCAGUACACCGGAGGAAGAUGUCCUUGCAAAAAGAAUGACAACCUGUCUUGGUGUUUUUUUAACUGAAAGUUCAGAAAAAACACCAGGAGAUGCAAACCACCUUGUGCCUUCCCAAAAAACGAGGAAGGUGGCUACCCUCAACAGCAACCGUGGCAGCAUCUUCAAAAUCCUACCCAGUGGGAUUCUACAUCUGCGACGCAAUCUCCGGCUGCAGGAUGCUGUUCGACACAGGGCGAUGCAGUCGGUGUUCCCACCAUCAGGAGAGGAAUGCAGCUGUACUCCCGAUGCUGUGGCCGCCCUUGUGGCUGCAAAAGGAAGCCUCAUCCACUCCUACACAACGAGAACCCUGAAGAUCUCCAUCCUGGGCUGCUCCCACGUCUGGCCCUUCAUCGUCGCAGAUGUCAAGGUCCCUCCCUGGGGGCAGACUUCCUAGUGCAACAUGGGCUCCUAGUAGACAUGGGCUGCAAAAGCCUCCUUGACACAGGGACCUGACGUUCCCACCCACUAACUGCAGGCCCUGGGGUAUCCACCGUGUGCUCCAUCACGCCCCGCAGAUACGGUGACCUACUACAGGAGUUCCCCGACGUUUUCAAGCCAGAACUCAGUCAGGUGGCCAGAACCCCAUCCAAGCGUGGGAUAUACCACCACAUAUCCACCACAUGCCCCCACACACGCAAAAUUUUGCUGCCUGCUGACGUCUGAACCUAGUGACAAUGCCCAAUCACUGCCCGCUACCAAAUAUGCAGGACCUCACUGGGGCUCUUCACGGGGCAAGAAUAUUCUCAAAAAUGGAUUUGCUUAUAUCUUAUUUUCAGGUUCCUGUGCAUUCUCAUGACAUCUGAAGAUGACAAUCAUCAUGCCUUUUGGGCUCCAAUGUAUUCUCGUAUUCCACCUUCAGCCUCAGGAAUGCCGGAGCCACCUUCCAACACCUGAUGGACAGCAUCCUGGGGGACCUGCCUUUCUGCGUCUGCUACAUAGAUGGCAUCCUCAUUUGAGGCAUCCGGAGGAUGGGUGAGCCUCGAUUUGUUUUCAAGUCUUGCUGUUUCGGGAUCUCCCUCCGACGGGCAGCAUGCAUCAUCGCUGGCGUGAGUUUGUUUCUACAAGUUAUCGGCCUUGCUGGUGGCAUGUUCAUUGGCAUAAAGUAUGGACUGGAAGAAGGCUGGAUGAACGUGGUCAUUAAACUGAUGAACAUUGCCCUCAUCCUGGCGCUGAUCUAUGCCAUCAAGACGACUCGACAGGACCUGGUAUUUUUGUGGGUGUAUGGAAGUCUCAUGAUGACGAUACUCAGUCUGGCCAUCGGAAUCAUCUCCGUUGUCUAUACUAAAACGGCAGUGGGCUCCGUCAUUCUCGUGACCCUCAUCGCUCUCCACCUCUACUUCAUUGUGGUCAUUAGGUCUUACGCACAUUCGAUGAACGAUGCUCCAAUAAUUCUUCAGCAGUCGGUAUCUGCUUAGCCCGAAACAAAUGAAUCGUGUCUUUUGGGCUCUUCAUUCUAGGAAGAUGCUUUCGUGCUGUUGGUCUACAUGCAGGCCCCCUUCGUCGGUUGAGAAAUCUCAAUAACACCAAAACGCUUUUUCUUUUGUCCAAGGGAGAGAUUACUACUUAUCAAUAAUGAUUAUUGGUUGCCAGGAUGAACUUUUAUUGUUUUCACAUAUUUUCUCGAAAUUUUCCUGUCAAUGGUCGCCAAAUGUCAUUCACGAAUUCUUUGUCGCGCAAUGACGCGAGUAAUCUGCAGUGUCUUACUCGAGUUGGGAGAUUUAAGGGUUAUUCUGGUAAGAUUGACAACUUGCUCAAAUUUUUUUGAGAUUUGUAGAUCAGGGAUAAAUAAAAAAAUGACGAACAAUCGAAGGUAUCUCGGCCUUCUAAUGUAAAUACUUGUACAUAUGACUCCUCACAUUUCCAACAUGUUUGUGACCCUAUAUAUUUACAUUAGUUUGUAAUUAUAUGAAUCAUGAAUUCCAGUGCUUGCACCUCACUUGCCACUUGUUUGUUCUGAGGGAAACUGUUACAGUGAACGAGUUUUCUGGCAAAUAAACGUGACGAUAA